UCCUACUCGUGACCAAAAAUUCUUCCCUCCCCUCAGGGAGGGGGGAGGGGAACGCCUGUCUCUCCCCCGGGGAAGAGGAUUCUCCCUCUCCCCAGGGGGAGAGGGACGGGAGAGUGGAUAGAGACUGAUAUAUGUAUUGGCAGUGCACCAUCGAUAUUGGUGGGAGAUCGAGCUCGGCAUGGCACACCGGAAAGAAAAACCCAACCUUCGAGGAGAUCCCGUUAGUCCUGGCAACAGAAUUCUCACGGGACCUGAUGAGGAAACCACUGUUAAGCGUCCAGCAACACCCUUGCCCGUUCCUGAAGUGAAACCUGGAGUGAAAUCUGGAGCGCAUAAGGCGCCCAAGUUAGAUGGAAGCUCCACUGAAACAGAGGAGCUUCAUAUUGUCGACGAGUCAGAUGGACGUCGAUGGAUAAUUCAAGACAAGACAGUAAUCGAUCUACUCAGAAGCUACAAGUCUGCCUCUGAUGAGAAGACGAAGGAUGAUAUAGUAAAACGUCUUCAGUCAUAUGUUGCUUCGCUGAGCAAAAAGAGUAACGCAUGCCAAGCAUCCAAGAACAGUUCAGACAAGUGUUCAAGCCAUCAGUCUCCCAUGUCAAAUGCUGCAUCUUUGUCAAAGAUUAUUGAGAAAAUCCUGAAUUUGAAAGUCGACGAAAGUCCUCAGGUUUUUAUGUCAAGCACCAAGAUUCAGGCCAGCCAAUCAGAUAAGCAACUCCAACUCUCAAAGAAUGCAGGCACAAAAGGUGAUUUAGAUGGGAAUCGCAUGGAUGUGGAUAAGAAUUCAAGCCCUCAGCGGUCCAUGCCAAGGUCUGUGCAUUUGCCACGAGACGGUAUAUGACUGAACGAAUAAACCUUUCGAUAACCUUAAGGCUUUUAAGGCCAGGGUCAUAUGAACCAACCACUGACUGAAGUCAAGGGAAGGUUAAUUAAGAGUCUUUGGAGUCAUUUAAUGUGUUGGUUAGACUUUCUUAGUAAGUUGUAUCUUCGAAAUGUAGAAUGUGCCUCCUGUUUAUUUUGUCUUGAAUCAUAAAUAAAGUUCUUCUGACAAGUUAGCUGAUGCUUUGAGCCAUAAAUA